AAAACCAAAAAGUAAACACAAACAUGAUACAGUUAUCAUCAUGACCUUGUAAAUUUGCAAAACUUUUACUUGAAACAUUGUUUAAUUAAAAUUUGCUAAUUGCUAUAUGAAAUCCUAACAUAUUAGCUUUAAACAUACGUUAAUGAAUAUCGAUACUUUAUAAAAAUGUAUGGAAAAAACUACUUAACGCUUAAGACUUAUAGCAUCGGAAAGAUAUUACAAACCUCUUUUUGUCGUCCUCAUCCAAUAUUAUCUCAGCAAUGCAAUUUAAGCAAUCGGCAUGUAACUGUGAAAGAAGAAAAUGGCACAAGAGAAAUAACACUAAAAGAUGAAAAGACUAAAAACUCCUUAUCACUUGAAAUGAUGAAGAAUCUAAUUGAAGCAAUAAAUACGGACAAAAAUAAUAUCUCACUUAGGGCGAUUGUACUAACUGCAGUUGGAAAUGUUUUUUCUGCUGGUCAUAAUUUGAAGGAGUUGCAAAGAUCAUCAGGGAUAGAACAUCAUAAGUUAAUAUUCAAUACUGCAACUGAAUUAAUGAGAUCUAUCAUAGAAAGUCCGGUGCCUGUAAUAGCUAAGGUGAAUGGUUUUGCAGCAGCAGCUGGUUGCCAAUUAGUGGCAACAUGUGAUGUAAUAGUGUGUUCAGACAACAGCAGAUUUUCUACUCCUGGGGCUAAUUUUGGUAUAUUUUGUUCAACUCCUGGCAUUGCACUUGCAAGAAGCAUACCAAAGUCGAAAGCUAUGUAUAUGUUGCUUACAGGGGAACCAAUAUCAGCUCGAGAAGCCUAUGAAUAUGGUCUUGUAACAAAAGUAGUGUCUGCUGAACAAUUAGAUACUGAAAUUAAUAAAAUUAUAGAAAAUAUUAAAUAUAAAAGCCGAAGUGUUGUGGCUCUGGGUAAACAGUUUUAUUAUAGACAAGUAGACCAAAGUCUGCUUCAGGCCUAUAAGUUGGGAGAAGAAAUUAUGGUCAAUAAUAUAAAUACUAAUGAUGGACAGGAAGGAAUUAGAAGCUUUGUUGAGAAGCAAAAGGCAUCUUGGACCCAUGAAUGAGACAUGAAUUAUCUUGUGUACAUAAAAUAAUUUAAUAAAUAAAAACUUCUUAAUUUACAA